AUGGCACCUCAAAUCUUAGUAUUCGGUCUACCGCGAACAGGCACGCAGAGCUUGCUAGAUGCUCUCGAGAUCCUUGGUUGCAGCAAGACCUACCACAUGCGCAACGUGCAAGAAAGAGGCCACAUCGACGACUGGAUCACGUUGCUGAAGCAGAGGAACGAAGGCGAGGGAGUUAAUCUCAGUCUGCUUGACCAUCUGUUGGAUGACUGCGAAGCGGUAGCUGACUUUCCAGUAUCAAUCUUCUAUCGAGAGCUGUUGCGUCUCUACCCAAAUGCAAAGGUCGUCGUGACAUCUCGAAAUGAAGAUGAAUGGAUCAGAUCUAUGUCGACAACAUUGAUCGAUUCUCAUACCAAGCCUGACGCCGACACAACGCGCCCGAUGCGCCCGCUGGCAGAAGCGUACCAUACUUAUUGCUGGAACAAUGACUUCACUCAAUUCGGUAGAGAAUACUAUCGGACGUAUCUGCGAGACGUGAGAGUACUUGCGAGAGGCAGAACGGUAUUGGAGUACCAUCCUGGUGACGGCUGGGCUUCGCUGUGUGAGUUUGUCAAAUGUGACAUUCCGGAGGAAUCCUUUCCACGAAAAGACGAGAUGGCGCAGUAUAAGAGCGUAGAGAAGGAGUUGGUGAAGUAG